AGACUUGGUGCAGUGUGGCGUUUUGGCCGCUAGAUGGAGCUGAAGUACGCGCUCACACACUCGCGGAACUGCAGCGAAGAAGAGCGAGAUCGUGCACAAGUAGUUUGGAGUUGCUGCAGGAUUCUCAGCCUCUGUAGCAGUGAUGGGUUCUCCCUCAUCGGAUACAGAAAACCUCACAGAGGGAAUGAAUGUAGACGAGCUUUCUCUAUACACAACCCCUCCGCAGAAGUUGCACUAUGUGGAGCAGGAGAAAGGAGUGAUGGAGGAGAAUGUGACCUUGCUGAGGAACAUGGCUGAGCCUUACAUUACGUGGUGCCAGCAAAUGACUGAUUCAGCUAAUCAGAAAGUUCAGGACGUCUACGGAGUUGUGAAGCCCACAGUGGAUAAGACGGUUCAGACUGGUCAAGACAGUUAUGUGUAUUUGAGGAAUCCUCCUCCGGAGUUUUAUCCCAGAGCUGGAGUUAUCGGGUUCACUGGAAUACUUGGACUUUUCUUAGCAAGAGGCUCCAGAAUGAAGAGGUUGAUUUACCCGACAGGUUUGAUGGCUGUUGGUGCUUCUAUGUACUACCCUCAGAAAGCAGCCACCAUCGCCAAGAGUACAGGUGAUGCUGUGUAUGAAUUCACACUGCAGGCGUAUGUCACUGUUGAGAAACUCAUUACUGGAAAGUCCGCAGUGAAGCCUGAAGAGAAAGUGAGAAAGGCAGAGGAGAAAUGAAAUUGUCCACUGGAGAAACAAAAGCAUAGGGACAGGAAAUUACAUCGUAGCUAUGCUUCUGCUUUUGCACUAGCCACACCCCCUUUCUCUUGACUCACAGCGGAAGGGGCGUGGCCUGUGGACAGCUGUUAUUCUGGAGAUCUUGGGGAGAACCUGCGCUGGAACAGGAUUUUUUAUGUAUAUUUAUGUACAAAUGCAAAUAAAUCCACUGUAGUGAUGUUUAUCUA